UCCCAACCUGCUUAAAAAGUUUUCUUCAUCCUACAAAAUUCCUACUGGGACGGAUCAGAAAUGGAAGACAUCGAAGGGCCACGCAAAGUAGUUCGGAUAUACAGCUUCCACGCCCAAGAACGCCUCCCUCCAACAAGCGAUGCACAUACCCUAGGACGUAUACUAAGUACGGAGGAGCCUUCAUUAGAGGAUAUAAUCGAGCCAUGGCGCAGGUUUUUCGAACCCUAUUCGGAGAGUGACCCAAUCACCGCCGUCCUCUCUGUGGAAGCGGAGAAACUUCGACAACAAUGGAUUGAAUUCCAACGGGGGAAUUCAAAAGAAGAUCGAGUUGACGUGGGGGCCUCUGAACCUACCAUGCAAGGCGUGAUUUGCAUGGUGGCUGACGCAGGGAAGGUAUGGCAAGCUAAAAAAGACAAGGGCAAAAGGGGUAAAGCUAUAACGUAUUUUCAUCGCCUCUGUGGCGCACUUGAUAGACAUAGCAAUAUGCUUGAGACUAUCCCGAAAGGAAACGAAUAUGUUUCCAUCUUUGCCGGCACGAUUACGACUCUUAUCAAGGCAAGUGUAAAUCACGAAAAUAUUGCUGAGGAGCUUUCCCAAGCCCUAUGGAUGAUCAGUGAACACUCCGCGGACUGCGAGGUUGAAAUGGAGCUCUUCAGAACAGAAGCGAUGCAACGCGCCGUGGCGGACCUCUACGCCCACAUCUUUCUCUUUCUUACAGACACCCUGAGUUGGUACAUGAAAAAAAGAAGAAAAAGAAUGAUGGACUCUUUUAAUGAGAGGUUCCUUCAAGAAUUCGAGUGCGAGAUUGAUAACAUCAAGCGCAAGUCCGAGAUAAUCAAAAGAAAAGCUGCUCAGCAUCUCAUGGCGGAGCAGCGAGUAACAAGACUGACAGUUGAGGAGACCAGGAAAGAUUUGAGAUUAGGACUAGAAGGGGUAAUGAGAACGCACGCUGAGACAAUGUAUUAUGCUCAACAUGUCGCCGACCAGAUCGAGAGGCAGAGGGUUGAGCAACAGGAGGUAAAAAACAAUGUUGCUCAGCUAUAUCGUAACAUCGUAAAGUUCCUCACAGACUCUGCUCAGUCCGAAAAAGGGAAUGUAUCUCUCGACUUGGAGAGCGAGCACAUUAUGAAUCCCAGAGCAGUACAAGGUGCGAAUAAGUCACGAGACGACCUACAUCUCAACUCAGCCUCCCUUGAAGACUUCUUUCAACGCGAUCGUGUCCGGCUGGAAUGCGACCUCUUCGUUCCUACCCCAGUAGAUCCAGAAGCCGUCUCUUGUCUCGCGGAAUGGACGAGGCAACUUUCUUCGUUUCCUAUAUUGUCCAUCGCCUCCCGCGACUUCUCCUCGAGGGAUGAACUCGAAAACCCGAUGACCAUACUCGCGGCCAAAUUCAUCGACUUCGCUGCAGCGUCUAAUAUCCCUCUCGUUUCCUACUUCUGCGAACUGAAACGCGGAGAAAGGCUACAAAUGGGCAACACACUGGAGAUGCAAGGGUUGAUGUCGCUAUUUUAUGGAAUUCUACGCCAGAUGAUUGAGCUGGCACCUCCAGAAUUCAAGAGUUCCAAGGAUUUUUCUAAGGAGCGGUUUGAAAAACUUGACGGAAGUGUACACUCCUGGGAUCAUCUCACUAGUGUAUUCCGAGAUGUCCAGGAUAUACUCCCCGGAAAACUGUUCUGCGUGAUCGAUGGGCUGCAGUGGUUAGACGACGCGAGCACUUCUUCCUUCCUAGCCCAAUUUGUAGAGAUGCUACGUCGUGACAAUUUUAAGGUCCUGAUUACCACGACUGGACAAUCGCAGUGCUUAUUAGACUGCCUAACGCGGGAAGAAUUGUUGAUCUUAGAGAGACCCAGAGGAGAAAAGGCGGGUUCGUUAUGGAAGUUCGAGGAAGGUGUGCUAGAGUUGUAGUUGAUAUUGCGCAAAGGGUUGUGAUACUUCGGAACCUUGGACGUUUG